AUGAGUCCCAAACUUCCUCUACAGCUUCUCGGCUUCCUCUUCCUCAAGCAAGCUGCGUCCUUCUACCUUCCUGGCGUCUCCCCCUCGUCGUACUCCCGAGGCGAUCAACUUGAACUCAAUGUCAACGCCCUGACGCCUUCAAUAUCGCGGCACGAUGAGCAAAUCCACGCUGUGGUUGCCUACGACUAUUACCAUCCGGCUUUCCAUUUUUGCCAGCCUGCAGGGGGACCCCAGCCCAGACGAGAAUCACUGGGCAGCAUCGUCUUCGGCGACCGCAUUCAAAGCUCCCCCUUUCAACUGUGGAUGGGAUUGAACCAGACAUGUAAGAUUGCGUGUGCGGGCGACACAUUUGAUGAGAGGUCAACGGCCUUCGUCAAUCAAAGAAUUGAGGAGGCCUAUAACAUCAAUUUCUUUGUCGAUGGACUCCCGGCUGCCGAACUACGAGAAGAUCCCCUCACCCACGAACGGUUUGCGAGUCCCGGAUUUCCCCUGGGUAAAGUGCAAGAGGAUGGGACUAAGAUCUUACACAACCACUGGGACAUCAUCAUUGACUAUCACACCGCGGGACUUCGUGGACUCAAAUACCGCGUGGUUGGCGUCCUGGUCCAGCCGCAAUCUUACGCCGACUCUCGCCUCUCGGAUGAUGGCAAGGCCAGCUGCGCUUUCACAUCUGAUCCUCUUGUCCUAAAGGAAGGGGGAGGAACACCAGUCACGUAUACGUACAGCGUUUAUUGGCGUCCCUCAGACACGGCUUGGGCCACCCGCUGGGAUAAACUGCUUCAUAUCGUUGAUCCCAAGAUCCACUGGUUCUCUCUCAUCAACUCUGCUAUUUUUGUCGUCUUCCUGAUCGGCAUGGUCAGCACCGUCUUGGUCCGAGCACUUCGCAAGGACAUUGCUAGAUAUAAUCGACUGGACAAUAUCAACUUGGACGAUCUCUCGGGGACUUCCGCUGUCGAUGAAGACGUGCAAGAAGACUCGGGCUGGAAGCUGGUGCAUGGCGACGUCUUUAGGCCGCCUCGCUAUGCCCUACUGCUGAGCGUUUUACUUGGGAAUGGUGCGCAACUGUUUGUUAUGACAGCUGUAACAGUCGCCUUCGCCAUGUUGGGAUUCCUUUCACCUUCCAACCGCGGCUGGCUCACGUCCAUCGGCCUUCUGCUCUACACCAUCUUUGGAUGUAUUGGCGGGUACGUGUCGGCGCGAGCAUACAAGAGUUUUGGUGGCGAGAAAUGGAAACUCAACAUUGCACUGACCCCAGUCUUUGUCCCUGGAAUUGUGUUUGGGACAUUCUUCCUGCUCAACCUCUUCGUCUGGGCAAAGGGAGCCAGUGGCGCGGUGCCGUUUACGACAAUGCUGGCUAUCAUUGCGAUCUGGUUCCUCAUCAGCGUCCCCUUAAGUGUAGCUGGGUCAUGGUAUGGGUUCAAGUCGCCAGCGAUUGAGCCCCCAACCAGAGUCAACCAGAUUCCGCGACAAAUUCCGCCUGUGGCGCGCUCCCUGCGACCACUCCCCUCGCUUUUGCUCACAGGCAUCCUACCAUUCUGCGCCAUCUUCGUGGAACUGUAUUUUAUCAUGACAUCGCUGUGGACGAGUAAGAUUUACUACAUGUUUGGAUUCCUGUUCAUCUGCUAUGCGUUGAUGGCCAUGACAUGUGCUUGCACCACCAUUCUGCUGGUGUAUUUUCUGCUCUGUGCUGAAGACUAUCGCUGGCAGUGGAGGGCAUUUCUAGGCGCCGGGAUGACUGGUGGGUAUGUUUUCCUGAAUGCAUUGGGGUUCUGGGCGACUAGAGUCACCUUUGGAGGACUCACUGGAGCGGUUCUUUAUGUCGGCUACUCUGGACUGCUCAGUUUCUUGGUUGCUGUGCUCACAGGCACCAUCGGAUUUAUCUCGUCCUAUCUUUUCGUCCACCGCAUUUACGGGUCGAUCAAAGUGGACUGA